CUGUGUUUUUAACUCUGGCUGACCACGCCGCUUUGAAGAGUCUGUGCACUGGUUAUGUCCGUGUUCUUUGGUCUUAAAAAUGCGUCGCUAAACUCCCGAUAAUCGUCUUUCGUUCGUUGAAGUGACACAGCUGUGGGGCAGAGCUGUCGACUGCUUGUUGCUAGUUUAGCGGAUUACCAUUAGCUAAGCUAGCUAACAGUAAUACUGUCAGGGAAAAGUUGAACUUCAGGUGAUCCAGCUGUCCAGCUCUGGACACAUCUUAUAACCUGGAAUCUGUUACAGAAAUGCAAGUCAAGGACAUCUUCGUGUCUGCUCCUGGGAAGGCGAUCCUCCACGGAGAGCAUGCAGUUGUUCACGGAAAGGUGGCUCUUGCUGUGAGUUUGAACCUAAGGGCAUAUUUGCGAUUGAAAGUCACCACUACUGGCAAAGUUUGCAUCAACCUCCCGAACAUUGACACAUCCCAAUGCUGGGACCUGUCUGAACUGAGGCGGCUUAUUCAUAAUUUCCAUGGAAAGAGGGACGAAGCACAACGUCUGGAUGCUGAACUUGUGAAGAGACUGCGUGAGUUUGUCGGUGCAACCAAUGGAAACUUGGACACCUGCAGCAUGGCCACCUUAUCCUUCCUUUACAUCUACCUCUCACUGUUUGGAUCAGGUGAGCUGCCCAGCUUGACGGUGACUGUGUGGUCAGAGCUGCCGACUGGAGCAGGACUGGGAUCAAGCGCCGCUUACUCUGUGUGUUUAGCUGCAGCUCUGCUCUGCACAAGUGGAGUCAUUCCUGCUCCUCUCAAAGAAUGGGAUCACACUGCCAGAUGGUGUCAGGAGGACUUGGAGCUGAUCAACAGUUGGGCUUUCCAAGGGGAGAUGAUCAUCCAUGGUAAUCCUUCAGGAGUAGACAACGCUGUAGGAACAUGGGGUGGCAUGCUGAGAUUCUUAGCAGGGAAGAUAAUACCACUGAGCAGGGUGCCAUUAUUAAGAAUCCUCCUCACUAACACCAAAGUACCACGUAGCACCAAGGUACUUGUUGCCAGGGUGAAGGACAAAAUUAACAAGUUUCCCUCCAUCAUGACCCCAGUGCUUGACUCAGUUGAUGCCAUCUCCUGCACUUGUGAGAAGGUCCUCUCAGAGAUGACCUGUGAGCCCAUCACAGGAGAGCACUACAAUAUUCUAGAGGAGCUCAUUGACAUCAACCAGCACCAUCUGAAUGUGAUGGGCGUGGGCCACCCUGCCCUGGACAUGCUGUGCCGGGUCACACUGGCCAAAGGGCUCCACAGCAAGCUAACAGGUGCAGGAGGAGGAGGCUGCGGCAUCACGCUUCUGAGACCAGAAACUGACUCCUUGGUUGUCCAGGGUACAGUGCAGGACUUACGAGACUGUGGCUUUGACUGCUGGGAAACGAGUAUCGGUGGACCAGGUGUCCAGCAGCACUCUCCCCUCUCUGUUAAGGAGGAAAUUCUGGAGAUUUUAAAUCGUGAUUGAAGCUCAGGUGUGGCUGAACAAGAGGACAAACAUGCUGUUUGACUUUUUAUUGCCGUUACCUCAGGACCUGAGGUAUGCUGAACUAAUGAAGUAAGCUGCGUGGGCCUGGAUGAAGCUUCCUUGAGUAUUAAUUCUAGAUUUUGCAGACUGGAAACAAACUCAAUUUUUGAAACUAGCAACAAUGAACUUUGUUUUGUGUUUCGGUUGGGGCAUCUCUCUGUGUUUCAAUGUGUGUUGAGGUACAAUCAUAUGUACUAAGCUUUUUAUCCACUAGAUGGCAUCAGAGUUGCACAGACGCUUUUUACAAAACAGGAUUUACAGGAAGAGACUCAUAAAAUUGAUUAAUGUGUAAAUGAAGCAUUGGCAGAAUUGAAGUAGAUUCUCUACCAAAUGUUUAAAUCAGUAGGCCUGCCUGUCUUUAUGCAUUAGAUGAUCACCAGUCAUUAAGUACUUACUGCCGGCACUUUAACAUUGAAUGUUGUUGUUGUUGUUGCAUAAAUGAAAGAUCUUCCUGUAGGAUUUAUUUUACUGGAUACAAUAAUGUAGAAAAGUCUGGAAAUAAUAAUGCAAUGAAUGUAUUCAGAGAAUGAUUGACAUCUGGAGCUUCACUCUCAUGAAUUACAAUUAUCAACACAGACGGAUGCCUUUUCAAAUUUAGUUCUGGCAUCCUCCUUUAUAUUUUUUGCGUUGCUUUCUAAAGACUGAAAUGUAAAAUUAUGCUAAAACCAAAGAGUUUUCUGUGUUUUCAGUUCAAUUUUUUCUCAGAGUAUCUCAAAUUUCUGUAACAGUUUGGUAAAAUAUUAUUCUCGCUGCAGGAUUAAGCUCUGUUUAUUUGUGCAGUUAAAGACUAACUGGCUGUGUUGUUUUGCUAAUAGGGGAUAGGGGGAAAAGGGGGACAGCAGAAGUGUGUGUGGCCUCUACGGAGCCUCUGGAUUAGCGCCACUAUAAUGUGAAUCAACAACAACCAGCGUCCUUCUGAGUCACACAUUUGUGCUGACACACGUACAUGCACACGCACAGCAGCUUUUCCAAAUUCUUCUCCACCUAAUCGCUCAUCCUCCUAAGCAUUACAAAAUAUUCUGCAAAUGGCGCAGAUACAGAAGACGGAUCUGUUUAGAAUAUCCCUGAUUUGGGGAAAAGGUCAUUGUGGGAUUCGGUUGAGUUUGAAUAUCCAUUUCAUUUUCUAUUUUUUGAAUGUCAUGAAGAUUGAGUAGUACAAAUCUGGCAGUGUACGUGAAUAAACGACAUUUGUCACCCUCCCUUCA